CAGGAAAAUCGGUAACCAGUUAACCUACAAAACGCGACCUGACAAGAUGGGCGACGAUGAACAAAAUGAACAUGAUCAUCAUGACCAUGGGCCUAGAGACAAUGGUGAUCGUGAUUUCAGAUCACACAGAAAUCAAUACAACGGCCCUCCACGUGGUAGAGGAUAUAUGAGAGGCCCAAGAGGACCACCACCAUUUAGAGGUCCCCCAGGACCAGGAGGUCCUCCAAGAGGAUAUAGAGGGCCACCACCACCUGGCAUGAGAGGCCCACCACCACCUGGAAUGAGAGGUCCCCCACCACCUGGAAUGAGGGGUCCACCCCCGCCAGGAAUGAGAGGACCACCUCCAUUUGGUAGGCCUCCAUUUGAUCCAAAUUAUGGACCACCUCAUCCAGGAGGACCUGGUGGACCACCACCUCAGAAUUAUCAGGGAAUGCCUCCUCCUCCAGGAAUGCCACCACCUCCAGGGAUGCCGCCACCUCCUGGUAUGCAAGGAAUGCGACCACCUAUGAUGCCUCCUCCUGGGAUGCCACCAGGAAUGCCACCACCAAACUUUGCCAUGCCACCACCAGGUUACAAUAUUCCUCCUCCAGGACAGAUGCAACCUGGCUCUGGAGUACCCAAUAUGGAUGGAAAUCAAGAAUUAUGGGUGGAAACUAAGACAGCUGAAGGAAAGGUCUACUAUUACAAUGCAAAGACUAGAGAAGCUGCUUGGUCUAGACCAGAAAAUGUUAAAAUCAUAACUCAGUCAGAGGUGGAACAGAUGGCUGCCCAGCAACAAUCCACACCAAAUCCAGUUCAAACUGGUCCAACUACAGCAGCACAGAAUGCAGUAGCUCAGGCAGCUGCAGCACAGCCACAAGUCACACCAGAUCAGACAGGUAUUCCAAUGCAGCAAGCAGUACCAGCCAUUCCAGCAGCUGUCUUGCCUAAUGCCAAUCAAAUGGGUGGACAGUCUCCUACUGAUGCUACAUCAUUACAGAAACCUUCUACAGUUCAGCUUCCUCCAAAGCCUGCAGAAGUAGUAGAAUGGUCUGAACAUAAAAAUGCUGAAGGCAGAUCAUACUUCUACAACUCAAGGACGAUGGAAUCAACCUGGGAUAAACCUCAAACUCUUGUUGACUGGGAAGCAAAGAUAGCACAGAUACAAGCUACUCAACAACCACCACCAACUCUAGUUCAGCCUGUGAAAGAGGAAAGUCCCAGAAUGAAUGGACAUGCAGAAGAAACACCCAUGGAGACUACUGAGGAAGAGGUCACAAAAGAUGUGGAAAUAGAAGAUAAAUCCAAAGAGAAAUCAGAAGAAGAAAAAGCUGCAGAGAAAGCCAGACCGGUCUCAAGUACACCUGUACCUGGAACACCUUGGUGUGUGGUUUGGACUGGCGAUACCAGGGUAUUUUUCUACAAUCCAAGCUCACGUACAUCUCUUUGGGAAAGACCUGAGGAGUUGGCCGGAAGAGCUGAUGUCGACAAGAUGGUUCAAAGUCAACCUGAUGGAAAGAAUGCUGUAGAGAAGAAAGAAGAGGAUGAUGAACCACAGACAAAGAAACAGAAAUUGGACAAAGAUGAAAUCAAGAAGGAAGAGGACAAUGGACCAAAGACAAUCGACGCUGGGAAGGAGGCAGCUAUAGAGGCAGAGGUGCAGGCAGCCAGACAGAGGGCUGUUGUACCUCUAGAAAUCAGGAUGAAACAGUUUAGAGAUAUGUUAUCAGAAAAAGACGUGUCUGCAUUUUCCACAUGGGAGAAGGAACUUCACAAGAUUGUGUUUGACCAGAGGUAUUUAUUACUGACAUCAAAGGAAAGGAAACAGGUAUUUGAGCAGUAUGUUAAAGAAAGGGCGGAAGAGGAAAGAAGAGAGAAACAUCGCAAACUCAGAGAAAAGAAGGAUUUUUUCCGCAAUUUACUUGAAGAUGCUAAAUUGCACGGAAAAUCAUCCUUCAGUGAGUUUGCUGCAAAAUAUGCUAAAGAUGAAAGAUUCAAAGGCAUUGAAAAGAUGAGAGAGCGUGAAGCCCUCUUCAGUGACUUCUGCUCAGAUCUAAGGCGAAAAGAAAAAGAGGAAAAAUCACUACAAAAAGAAAAGUUAAAGGCUGACUUUAUCGCCUUGUUGAAAGAGACCUCUGGUCUUGAUAGGAACUCUAGAUGGAGUGAAACAAAACGUAAAAUUGAUUCUGAUCCUCGAUACAAGGCCGUUGACAGCAGCUCACGUAGAGAGGAUUGGUUUAGAGAUUAUGUGAGAAAGCUGGAGGAGGUUGAAUCAGAUGAAGACGAUGAUAGAAAAGAUGAGAAGAAAGAAAAAGAAAAACAGGACAGAAUAGAAGCUAGUAUUCGUAAACGUGAAGAGGAAGUACAAAGGUCAUUGUCAUCGUCGCUCAGAGAAAGAGAUAAAGAAAGGGAACAACACAAAAAGGAUGAGGCAAUUCAAGUCUUCAAUGCCCUCCUUGUUGAUCUGGUCAAAACAGCAGAUGCAUCUUGGAGAGAAACUCGUAAAAUGUUAAGGAAAGAUCAUCGAUGGGAUAUGGCAGAAUUAUUAGAGAGAGAUGAAAAAGAAAAAAUCUUUGAAGAGCACAUUGAAAAUUUAUACAAGAAAAAUAAAGAAAUGUUCCAUAAAUUACUCGAUGAAACACAAGAGAUAAAUUUAACAACAAGCUGGAAAGAAACAAAGAAAAUGAUCAAAGAAGAUCCUAGGUAUACCAAGUUCUCAGCAAUAUGUAGUGACAAGAAACGAGAAAAAGAAUUUGACGAUUACUUGAGAGAAAAGUAUGUACAGGCUAAAGCAGAUUUUAGAGAGUUACUGAAGGAGACCAAACUGAUAACUUACAAAUCAAAGAUACUAAUAGAGGAAUCGGACUCUCAUCUGAAAGAUAUUGAAAGUAUAUUACAGAAUGAUAAAAGAUACCUAGUGUUAGACUGUGUUGCAGAAGAGAGAGCCAAAAUAUUGGUUCAGUACAUGGACGAUCUGGCUAAGAAAGGUGCACCACCACCCCCUACAGCAUCAGAGCCUUCUCGGAGAUCAAAAUAGUUAGGAGAGACAUUAAAAGAUAAUUUACCCUAGCCAGUUCAGUCAAUGUUAUUUUAUAAAGGAGGAAAUACUCUUUAUCAUGAAUUUUUUUUUUUAUAAAGUCCUGAAGAUGAUCAUUGAAUUGAUUAUUUAUUUCUACAUUGUGGUCCAAUCAUUUAAUUAUUUUAGCAGUUCAUUGAUAUUUCAUGUUUUAUAAGACAUCGAUGUUGUUUUAUCUCACAUUUUAUCAUGUAUGACAGUCAUUUGUCAGUGGAAAUAAAAUUGUUAUUGUA